CUACUUUUACUGCUACUACUGCUACUGCUGCUGCUACUACUACUGCUACUACUAAUACUAUUGUUCUCUUCCAGGUGUUCAAUCUAUGAGUCCCACCUGCAGUUGCUUCUUAAAAUGAGAUUUCUAAAGGGUUACGAGAAGAUCCUGCUGCUGCUACUAGCAGUGGCAUGGUGUAGUGGAAACUUGGCGGGGGGAAAAGAAGCCAAGAGCAACACCACCCUCACCACCACCACCGCCAGACGAGUCAUCACCACCACCACCACCACCACCACUAAGCCAACCACCACCACCACUAAACCAACCACAAUCACCACUAAACCAACCAUCACCACCACCACUAAACCAACCACCACCACCACCACUAUACCAACCACCACCACCACUAAACCAACCACCACCACCACCACCACUAAACCAACAACCACCAAACCAACCACCACCACCACUAAACCAACCACCACCACCACCACCACCACUAAACCAACCACCACCACCACUAUACCAACCACCACCACCACCACCACUAUACCAACCACCACCACCACCACCGUAAGGCCGACCAUCCCCACCACUACCACCGCCACCACCAAGGGCAACACCAUAGAGCCUCAUGCCGUUCAAAGGGACGAUAUUUUGGUGAUCUUUUCCUUGGAGGCGGACCCUGACGAUGUGUACGUGGGCACACCAGUUGAUAUAUGUUUCGAGGCGUUUGGCGACGGUCCUCCGAUGGAUGCGGCUGUGCAGUUUGGGGAUGGAAGUACUUACGAAGCCGGGACGUACGGAGGCUCAGGGGAAGUGUGUGUGGUCCACGUGUACAACAUCUCGGGUGAGCACAUCGCACAACUUCUUAUCAACGAAGUAGUAGAGGCCGAAGCAACAAUCACCGUCAGGCCAGCUGACCCCGUUGUAGAGUUUAACCUCGUAAGUGAGAUGACGAAAACUGGCGGCGUUAUCUUCUUGACGGUCAGGGUCACCUCAGAAGAGCAUCAGCCGUGGCCUUGGUAUGUGGAGUUUAAUGGGCCUGACACGCGACACCGCGGGGAGUUUGAUGAUGGUGAGACUUCGAUCCAGCUGAUGCACACGAUCACUUCCAAUUACAAUAACGCCCAAGUACUGUUCACCGUUGUCAUCGCAGACGUUCCUUACACCUACACUAACCGUAUAGCAAUCUACCCUGAGGAGGACUUUGGGGCUUACGUUCCCUGGAAAUUUGACCAUUCGGAUCUUGUACCUACAGAACCGUUCCCCGUGCUCUCCUUCACCGCGGACCACCACCACGUCACACUGGGAGACACCGUCACCCUCACCUUGCAGGCCAGUGAUCCAUUUACACGCGCUGUUUUCGACUUCGGUGACGGAUUUGCACACGAGUUAUAUGAGAAUGACGACGGUACAAUGACCUACACUACGACGGUGACCUACGGGAAGGCGGGAACCUACACGGUGGCCGUCACUACCUACGCCGACAGCCAAUUUAUAAUUGAAACUUUGACCAUACAUGUGGAGGAUGACCCUAACACUGAUGUUGCGCCUCGUUCACCUAACCCACCCAGUCCUUCCGUCUUCAUCGUCGCCUUCCCGCUGGAAGGUGCCGUGGGCUCCUACUUCUUCUUCAACAUCCAGGUACAACGACAUUCUUCUAGAAUGAUUAAUAGGCACGACUCGUUUCACGUGACUGAUUGGACCAUUGACUUUGGUGACGGGGCACCAGAGAUUUAUGGCGAUUGGCCCAAUGGACCUUCGCUAAUUGAGGGACACGUGUACGCCGCGUCCGGGGAGUACACGGUGGUGGCCACGGUCCGUGGUCCUAAAGAUGUCCUGGUGACGGGGCAGAUCACGGUGCGGGUCACGGCGGGACCAGGCGGCGGCAGCUAUGGAGGGGAAGUGCUGGCAGCCCUGGCCGACUAUCGCGGUUUUUACAUCGGGGUGUUGGUGCUGCUGUUGCUGCUGCUGCUGGGACUGCUGGCGUUGGCGGUGCUGGUGGGGCUGACCAACACGGAGAUGGGAGCGGAGGCGGCUUAAUCACCACCACCACCACCACCAAUGAAGUCUAAAGUGGCAACGUCUCUCAAAACAACACUACUUAUAUACAAACGUCAAACAAGACAAGAAAAAAAUGAAAGGAAACAAAAUGAAAUAGGAAGUUUAUGAAGAGAAGUAUCAAUGAACAAGAGACAAAAAGAAAAAAAACAACGACCUAACUCUUUCAAGAGGAGGGUAUCAGGACACCUCUCCUCCCGAAAUUGACUUCUCUUUCGGCCGCUCCUCUCUAAUCUUUUUAGGGGCAGUAAGUAGCGGGCUUUUUUUUUCAUUAUUUUUUUAAGCCCUUGAUCUGUCUCCUUUGCUGUAAAAAAAAUUGCACUAAAAAGAUGAAACAACGACAAUAAGAAAUACUACAACAGAAAACGCAAAAUAACAACAACAAUAACAACUACAAAAAAGAGGAAAAAAACAAUACAGAAAAGACUAAACAACAGCAAAAACAAGAACGACAGAAAUACACCAAAUAAAAAAAAUCUAACACAAAAAAAUGGGGAAAAAAACGAGACUAAAUUUAUCUAAAUCUGUAAACGAAUCAAUAAAAUAAACAAGUGAGUAAAAGAAAACACUGAGCGAAAAACUAAUAAUAAAAAUAUUUAACUUUUUUCCCUCCCUCGCUCCCUCUCUUACUUCCCUCAUUCCUUUCCUCAAAUUUUGAAAAGAGAAGGAAGAGAGAAUGAGGAAGAGAUAGAAAGAGAAAGAUAGACAGGAGGAUGGGCGCGAAUAAAAAUAAAAGAAAAUAGAUUAGAUAAAAGAGAACAAAAAGAAAGAAUGAUGAUGUCCAUGAAAAACUUAAACAAUCUUGUUAAAGUUCAUGUGCGUUGAAGCUCCUUGCGCACACACACACACACACACACACACACACACACACACACACACACACACCGCUCCGAUAGCUCAGUCGGUUAAAGCGCUGCGCUGCUAGGCUUCACGGCGUGGCAUGCAGAGGUUCAAGCCUCGCUCAGGCCGAGAUUUUUCCGCUGAGUCAAACCAUUUCAAAGAGUCCGUUGAAGCGUUGGCUUCCGUGGGUCCUUUCCUCCCCUCUGCUCUGCCACACAGUCCCAACACCUAUUUUUCCUCUCACAUGUUAUCUAUAGCUAACAUGUUGGGAAGGCGGAGGCUGAGUGGUUAGCGUGUCGGCCCCGCAUUCGCUGCGUUGUGGAUGAUGCGGGUUCGAAUCCGCCGCUAACCACCUGGGACUUUUCAGUCACCGCCGAGUGGCCUAAGACUACCCACAUGCUGUCCUGAAGACCACCAAUCAGCCUGGACUCUAGAAGAAACUGUGCAAGUGAAAUCCAGAAUGAGCUCCGGGGGGCAGUAUGAGCCAAUAAUAAUGGUGCCACUAUAAACAAUUGCCUGCGCCAUGACGGGCCCAUGACGGGCUCGGGACGACCAUUAGGCCCCUAAGGAAUAGCCUACCGGGAGGAAGAGAUGUGUUGCGAUUGUGUGGCAGAGCAGAGGAAAGGACCCGCGGAAGCCAACGCCUGAACGGACUCUUUGAAAUGGUUUGACGGAGUGGUUACUGUCCGCUCUUGAGCAAGGGGGAUGGGGUGUGUGGUGUGUAAGGUCCCAGCAGUACCCAGAGAUCGACUAUAAUGAGCUUGCUCUUGUCAGAAGGGUACUUGCUGGCGCCGAUUGCGAGUCCAUUCGUGAUCAGGCCGUGGUGAAACACACACACACACACACACACACACACACACACAAGGGAUCAGUAUUACUUAGUUAUUUCAUUAGUCUUAUCGUUGUUCCACGAUGCACGAAAAUUUAUUAUACUCUAUAUCAGUCUGCUAUUUUGUCUGAACGAGUCUAUCUGU